AUGCCACUUAUCUAUCUUGAGGAUAUCUUGGAACAGGGCGGUAACAAGUAUUUGGCUGUGAAUAUCGCAGCGAAACGAGCACGUGAAAUCAAUGCUGAAAAUAGCCUGCCUAUGUUGGUUGCUAAUGCUGAAAAGCCUGUAACGGCUGCAAUUGAUGAACUUAAAUUAGGACGGAUCGCCCACGAGGAAUCGGAUAAACCGGAAGAACUCUUGGAAGAGUCUCCAUUCCCUUCCAUGGAUAGCGAGGAAGACGAGGAGGUAGAGACGUUGGAAGAACUUCAGCCAACCGAAGAAGUCUAUGAUGAGGACGAUGUGACAGAUCCGGAUGAGGCGGAAGAAGGGCUGUAA